UUGGCGUCUUGAUAUAUUCCUUCUCUUCGUAAUGUUGCCGCUAAACCCUUUUUUUAGACGAACAUUACCUCUGCAGGAGGUUACAUUUGUAUGCAUUGUAAAUAGUAAAUGAUAAAAUUAUAUACCUUUGUUACAAGAUUAUGGCAAGGUUUUUACUUUUUACAAAAAGUUCUUAAUAAACUCACAUCAUACAGCAGUGUUCCAUUUUGUAGCAGUCUACUGUUUUGUACAUGAAAAUGUCACAGGUUGUUAAAAAGAACAGACAACUCACUGAAGAUGAAAAAUCAAGUAUCAAGGAAGCAUUUGAUUUACUUGACUCAGAUAAAGAUGGUUAUUUAAAUUACCACGAGUUGAAAGCUGCUAUGAGAGCAUUAGGUUUUGAAGUAAAAAAAUCACAAGUUCUUUCUAUCAUUCAAACAUACGAUAAAGCCAAUGGCGACAAAAUUUGUUUUGAAGAUUUUUAUUAUAUCAUGACAGACAAAAUAGCUAAAAGAAAUCCAUUAGAUGAACUAAAGUAUGCUUACAAGUUAUUUGUGGUAGACUCAGAGUGUGGUAAAAUAUCACCACAUGAUUUGCAGCGUGCAAGUUCAAAAAUAGGAUUAAAAUUAAUGGAUGAAGAAAUACAUUCGAUGAUAGAAGAAUUUGAUACAAAUCUAGAUGGAUACAUCGACGAAGCUGAAUUUAUUGAGAUAAUGACAGAUUCUGCAGUCUAAGUCAAGGAUCAAAUACUUAAACAAAGGAAAAGUGGAUUUUUCGAAGUUUUAUAUUAAAAUACUAAAAUGGAUUCCGGAGUUGAUUGGGAUGCUGAGCACAGGCGCACGUUGUUGGACGGUCGUGUUGUUUUGGAGCGUACAGCAGACUCACUCGCAAGAUCCCAAAGAGUGGCAGCAGAGACAGAACAACUUGGUACAGAAGUAGUAACAGAGCUUGGAGAACAAAGAGAAACUUUGCUACGAGCAAAAAGAAGAUUGUCCCAAACUGAUCAAGAGUUGGAUAAGACACAGAAGAUAUUACGCACCAUGUCCAGAAAAGUGUUAACUAAUAAGUUUGUUUUAAUUGUCAUUAUUAUAUUAGAAUUGGGUAUUCUU